GGGGGGGGGGCGUGGGCUCCAGGGCGGGGAGCAGCGCCAAGUUGGAGAAGGGAGACCCAGGAAAGGCCUAGGUAUUGCGGGUACGUGUUCUCGCUUUUGCCGUCUGGCUGUAGACGUCUCGGGAAAACUGAGCGGGGAAGAAGGGCAAGCCACUCUCAGCGGUAGGGGAGCCAGGCCCGCCCGGCCGAGCCUGCUUACUGCCGUCCUACUGCUCACCUCUUCCAGCUGACGGGCGCCUCAGCUAUUGAUCGAUACUUGACUGAAAGGGAUCCAUCCCACUGAUAAAACCAGAUGCCUUCUCCCACUUCAGCAGACGAAGAGGAUGGCCUGGAGACCUGUGUUUUAAAGACUUUUGAUCUGGAUUUAAAAGAAUCAAAUAUUGUUACUCCAAGCAAUAGUCUCAAAGCAGAGUUAGAUGGCAGUACAAAGAAGAAAUACUCGUUUGCAAAGAAAAAGGCCUUUGCCCUUUUUGUCAAAACCAAACAAGUUCCAGUGCCUUCUUAUGAAGUUAAGGAAAGACGGUGGCGAUGUUGUCAGCAGCUGUUUGCAGAGCAGACCAGCAUCCACAGACAUGUGGCCACACAGCACGCUGAAGACGUGUACCAGCAGACUGCUUCCAUUCUCAAGCAGCUCACUGCAGCACUGAGGACCCCACAGAGUCUUACGCCCACAGACCGGAGGAGCUCCCCAAAAGACUGUCUCCCUCCUAGUCAGGAUGUGUCUGCUUGGCUCCCUGAUGUGAGCCACGUUAGCCCGCAAGAGCUGAGGAGUGGCCAGGGCAAUGAGGAAGGAGAGGUGCUCCUGUAUUACUGCUACUGUGACUUGGAGGACCCCGACUGGGUCUGUGCCUGGCAGGCAGCUCUGUGCCGUCACCUGCACCUUACAGGCAAGAUUCGGAUCGCGACAGAAGGAAUCAAUGGAACCGUUGGAGGAAGCAAAGUGGCCACCCGACUCUACAUGGAAGUCAUGCUUUCUUGCCCAUUAUUUAAGGAUUACCUGAGCGAGGAUGAUUUUAAGAGCAGCAAAGGAGGGUCUCACUGCUUCCCGGAAUUGCGAGUCGGUGUGUUCGAAGAGAUCGUGCCCAUGGGGAUCAGCCCCAGUGAGGUCUCCUACAAGAACCCCGGAAUCCAUUUAUCCCCUGGAGAAUUUCAUAAAGAAAUAGAAAAACUAUUGUCACAGGCAAAUCAGGAACAAGGUGAUACUCUCCUACUGGACUGCAGGAACUUCUAUGAAAGCAAAAUAGGACGAUUCCAGGGCUGCUUAGCACCAGACAUCAGGAAGUUCAGUUACUUCCCUAGCUACGUUGACAAAAACCUUGACAUUUUCAGGCAGAAGAGGGUGCUGAUGUACUGCACUGGGGGCAUUCGCUGCGAACGGGGUUCUGCAUACCUCAGAGCCAAGGGAGUGUGUAAGGAAGUGUUUCAGCUCAAGGGUGGCAUCCACAAGUAUCUAGAAGAGUUUCCUGAUGGAUUUUUCAAAGGGAAGCUGUUUGUUUUUGAUGAGCGGUUUGCCCUGGCCUACAACAGUGCUGUGGUCUCAGGCUCUGGAAAAAGUGGCCUGUGGCGUGAGCAGUGGACAAAGAGCUCUUCAGGUUAUGAUAAGAGCAGGAGUCUGUGUCCCCAGCAUCCUCAGCACAUCCUGAAGUUGAAGAACUUGCCUGGAAGUGUGUGUAAGUCUGCAUUCCAUGGUGAGGUCUGUAAGUGCCCGCCUUUUUCUGGUGCUUUGGGAAAUCAGUGUCUCGUGUGUGUGUGUGUGUGUGUGUGUGUGUGUGUGUGUGUGUGUGUGUGUGUGUGUAUGUGUGUGUGUGUGUGUGUGUGUGUGUGUGUGUGUGUGUGUAAACUUGGUUUUCCACGGGCAUCUGACAGCCUCUGACCAUCAGCUGAACCUCCAGGGUUAAGCUCUUUUCAUUUUGCAGAAGGUUGGAAGUUAUAGAGAACCCUUGGUAGAGCCUGUGAGGAUUUGAUGAAAACAGUGUUUUCUUGGUUGAUGACACUCAGGGUAAAUGUCACCAUUAGUCAAGUUGACAAUAUAAACCUGUCUCAUGCCUUGCUUUUCCUUCUGACUCUCCCACAGAUUUGUCAGACCCACUGCCUUCGUUUCACACCAUGUCCUGUUCUCCUUAGUAGCAUCAGGAACACGUGGUAAGUGACUCCACCUGGGACUCGUGAGCAGUUAGCACGUGGGAACAGGUGGGGGACCCAUGUUGCCUUUCAUUCUGAGAACUAUGCGCGUGCUUGAUGAAGAGGACAGACUUUUUCCCUCUUUGUGGAAAAGGAGUCAAAGGAUGCCCUGAACAGACACUGAGGGGAUGUGACUUACUUUCACGUUUUAUUUUUAUUAUUAGUGUUACAUGUGCAUGUGGAGGUCAAAGGGCAACUUUAUGGGUUCUAGGGAUUGAACUCAGUUCACCAAAGCAUAUUCAGUGAGCGCAUUCACUCACCGAGCCAUCUUGCUUGCUCUGCAUUUACUUUUCUAUGAACUACACAUUUCUGACUUUCCCUUGGGAGCCACAUGGAGUCUCCUGGGCAGUGGCAUUUGAUGAUGGUGUUGGCUUUUGGUGAUGGCAUUAGCUGAGAGCUUUGGGAAAUCAGUGUGACCUAGAGAAGGGUCUUCUAAAGAGGAGCAGACCCUAGAUUAGCCUGUGCACCCCAACAUUUCAUUUCCUCUAGCUGACAUGCUGAACUCUUGGCCCAGUCAGUGCUGAGCUGGGCUAGGAAGGAGAGGCCUUUUCUCUUGGUCCUGAAGGCAGGCAGCUCACAGACUUGGGGGGAGGGGGAGAUGUGUUUUAACACAGAACAAGAUGUGAUACCCAUGAAAGUCAGGAGUGUGACCCCGUAAACCUCUCCUGGAGUGCGGUGGGUAGAUAAGAUGGCAGAAUACAGGCAUGUACUCACCAAGGUCGUUGUUGUUCAUCAUGGCGUUGGAUGCCCGCAGCCGGGGCCCCUGCUGGGUAAAGUGGUAGCCAAAUUUGAGGAGUGUUGUGUUUUUCUCCAACAUGUUCACGAUCUCCAUUUCCACUUUGUUGCCCAAAGGCUGGCUCUUUGGUUUUUUGAAAAAAAGAAAAACAAAUCAGUAAUUACACAAGUGCUUUUACCUAAGCUACCUCUCCACAUGGAAGCCCUCAGUGUUUGUGUGCAGAGUGUUACCUGCUCUCAAAGAGUGAAGCUGUGCAGAGAAGCCGACAUAAAAAGAAAGCUGGUGUCAUUCAGCAUGCUUAAAGGCAGGACGAUUUCCCCAGUUCCCCAGAAGCAGGAAAAUGCCACCAUGCCUACUUUUAACAGAACUGCUCUAGAGGUCCUGGCCAGAAAACUGAGCAAGAAAAGAAAGACAUCUAAGCUAAAGACGAGGGCACCUAUUAGGAUCAUCUAAUCUUGGAUCUAGAGAAUCCCAAUACACACACACACAGACACACACACACACACACACACACUCAUACACACACAGACAUACACAUUCAUACACACAUACACUCAUACACACACACACUCAUACACACACACACUCAUACACACACAGACAUACACAUUCAUACACACACACACUCAUACACACACACAUACACAUUCAUACACACAUUCACUCAUACACACACACAUACACUCACACACACAUUCACACAUACACACACUCAUACACAUACACACUCAUACACACACAUACACACACUCAUACACAUACACUCACACACAUACACACAUACACACACACUCAUACACACACACUCAUACACACACAUACACACACUCAUACACAUACACUCACACACAUACACACACACAUACACACACUCACACAUACACACAUACAUAUACACACUACAUACACAUACACACACACUCACACACACAUACACACACACAUAUGCACGCGUGCGCCAAUUUGUUUCAUCAAGCAUAUAGAAAAUAAAAGCAACAAAUAAAACACAUCUGCAUGUCAAGUAUUAAUUCAAGAAAAAAACUACAAGACAGCAUUGAGUGCCAUCAAAGGACACCUAUGAAUUAACCUAUGAAGUAUAAAGCCAGCAGCCCAUGCCCACGGGCCAGAAAUCUGCUACUGCUAAUGAGGUGAUGCCAAACUGAUCCAUGGUAUCAGUGGGGUCUUUUAUUAAAAUUUCCACAUUCAUUUUUCUUAUCCCUCAAAAAUGGACAAGGUGAUCUAGAAAUCUCAUGUCAAUGCAAGUGAUCUUAAAACAGUGUGAGGACUCAAACACUUCUGAUUUCAAAGUUAACUAUCAAAUCUGUGGUAGACUUUGUAAUGCUGGGGUAAGGCAGACAUGAGACUGAAGGAAACAGAAGCGAGUCCAGCCGUGAGCCUGUACAUCUCUUCAGAUGGCUUUACAAGGGGGAGCUGAGAAAACAGAAUGAAGCCAUGUGGUGGCACAAGCAAAAGAACGGAUUUAGCCCCUUGACUCACCAAUACAUCAAUAUCAAUUCACAAUGUUUCCGAGAGGGCUGAGGCAGUGACUCAGUGCAUAAGUGUGCUUGCUGUACAGGCAAAAAGGGACUGAGUGCAGAUCCCAGCACCCUGAAACAGCCAGCCAUGACCAUGUGUGUCUGUAACUCCAGUGCUGCGUGCUGAGUGGAGACCGGAAGAGCUCUCCCGUCUCAAAGGAAUAAAGAAGGUAAAGGACACCCAAAGGCCUCCUCUGGCCUGCGGAUCAAAGAUCUAACGAUAAGAACUAAUGCUAUGAUACCCUCAAAACAUUUGUUCAAACGUUUGUGACCUUAGCAAUGGUUCGUUAGGUACGACAGCUAUAGCACAAACAUCAGAAGGAGAAAAUGAAUUAGUGUUAUGCUAAUAGAACACUACCAAAGAAGUUCCCAUCUACGCUCAUGCAAGCAACUCUAAUUAAACCCAGUGGGUGACACUCUGAAAGACGACAUGAAGGUAGGAGGGUGACAUGUUGGAAAGAAGACAUAUUCCAGUGGAAGACAGAGGGGGACGAGCUAGCAGGGAGAUGUGAAAACUAUUCAUUAUAAACAUAUACACGGCUGUCAAAUAAUUUAAGAAUGGGUGGUGGUGGUAGUGGUGGUGGCAAAAAGACAGGCCAGGAAGAUGACCCCAUGUAAAGUUUUUACUGCAUCAGCAUGAGUUCAGGUGCCCGGCUCUGAUGUCAAGGCCACACACAGCAAGGAGCAUGCUCAGAACCCACGUGCUGAGGGGCAGAAACUGGCAGACCCUGAAAGUUCACAGGCCAGCCACUCUAGCCAAAGUGAGGUUUACAGAUUCAACAGGAAAACCUGUCUCAAAAGAUACAGGGCAAUAGAGAGAGCUGUUGUUGACCUCUGGGUUCACACAUGAGUGCACAGCACAUGUACUUUCAUAUACACACCCACACAUAUAUCACACACACACACAUGCAUCACACACACACAUGCACAUACAUCACACACGCACCACACACACACAUGCCACACACAUGCAUCACACACAAACACACCCACAUGCACACACACACAUGCAUCACACACAAACAUACCCACACACAUGCAUCACACACACAUGCAUCACACACACACCACACACACACACAUACAUCACACACACACAUGCAUCACACACACAUGCAUCACACACACACACCACACACACACCAUACACAAACACACACAUAUAUCACACACAUACAUCACACAUAAACAUACCCACAUGCACACACCCACACACACGCAUCACACACACAUGCAUCACACACACACCACACACACAUACAUCACACACACACAUGCAUCACACACACACAUACAUCAUACACAUACAUGCAUCACACAUACACCACACACACAUACAUCACACACAUACAUCACACACACAUGCAUCACACACACAUGCAUCACACACACACAUACAUCACACACAAACACACCCCCACACCCACACACACACAUACAUCACACACACAUGCAUCACACACACAUGCAUCACGCACACACACCACACACACAUACAUCACACACACAUGCAUCGCACACACACAUACAUCAUACACAUACAUGCAUCACACAUACACCACACACACAUACAUCACACACACAUGCAUCACACACACACAUACAUCACACACAAACACACCCCCACACCCUCACACACACAUACAUCACACACACACAUGCAUCACACACACACCAUACACAAACACACACAUAUAUCACACACAUACAUCACACAUAAACAUACCCACAUGCACACACCCACACACACGCAUCACACACACAUGCAUCACACACACACCACACACACAUACAUCACACACACACAUGCAUCACACACACACAUACAUCAUACACAUACAUGCAUCACACAUACACCACACACACAUACAUCACACACACAUACAUCACACACACAUGCAUCACACACACAUACAUCACACACCCCCACACCCCCACACCCACACACACACACAUACAUCACACACACACAUGCAUCACACACAAACACACCCCCACACACACACCACACACAUACAUCACACACACAUGCAUCACACACACACACACACACACCACACAUACAUCACACACACAUGCAUCACACACACACACACACACACACACACACGAAUGCACCGGAGUGGAAAGGAUAACAUGGAAUGGAGAAGGUUGUAAAGGUAUAGUAUAUCUGGUAAGGGCUAGUAUAUAAAGAUGCAAAUAAAUAAAUUAGAAAUAGACAAAGCAUUUGAACAGAAAUUCCGUAAAGUAGAUGUAUGAGGGGCUGAGAGAAGGCUCAGUGGUUAAGAGCACUGGCUACCCUUCCAGAGGACCUGGGCUCAAUAUCCAGCACCCACACGGUGUCUCACAAACUCUGGAACUCCAGUUCCAGGGGAUCAAAUGCCUCCACGGGCACCAGGUAUGCAUAAGUGUAUAGACCUAUACAUUGAGAGUUCAUGCAGUGAAGAACUGUCCAAUGAGGGAAGAUUCCCUAAGUGGAAGGUAGCUGCCUCUCUCUAGAGUCUUCCUUAACAUCAUUAGUAGGGAAGGCUGGGGCUUCAUGAUCUCUAGACGUCAUGGGCUGUGGGCUGUGACCCUGUGAGUAACUUGCUUGGGUGGAAUAAAAAGAGUGGACAAAAGACAGCAAGAAGCCCCGAGCGAGAGGGCUGGGCUGAGCUGGGCUGGGCGGGGACUAAACUGGCAGAGUUCGGUCAGUGAAGAACUCUGGCCUCCUUUCAGAUUUACUGGGGGAUUAGAUAAAUCCCUUGUGGAUAAAUUAAUCUAAGUUUUCACAUCAAAUGAUUGGAUGGAGAGAAGCAGAGCCUUCCUUCAUAUCGCCCCCCUUUCUAUCUCCCCUGUCCAUGGAUGUACCCCACCCCCAUGCCCAUGGCUGCACCCCCUGCCCCCAUGCCCAUGGCUGCACCCCCUGCUCCCAUGCCCAUGGCUGCACCCCCUGCUCCCAUGCCCAUGGCUUCACUUCUGGGCAUAAAAUCCAGGGCAGAAAUAGACAGGGCUGGCCUGUUUUGUUGCCUUUUCCCCCUAAAUAGAUUUAUAUCAUAUUUAUUUUCUGCAACUUCCCAUUCUGUUUACUAUUUUGCAGAAAAUUCCCAAGCUAGUACUGGAGAACCACCACCUUGUUUUUUUUGUUUGUUUGUUUGUUUUUUGUUUUUUUUUGUUUUUGUUUUUUUUUGUUUUUGUUUUAAACUGCUUCUUGGGGUGCCCCUGAGAUGCUGCAGUGCAGACAGCUGUCUGCAUCCACACCUCGUCCCACACAAGGCAGUGCAGUGGACUCUGCCGGAGAAGAGAGAUUAUUCUACAGUUGACUAGUGUUGGGUUGAGAGAGAAGCACACUUCGGUGGUAGCAGCUUAUGUCCUCGCCUGCUUACAGCGACUGAGGGUUUUCAGUUUGAUGAGAUUGUGACAAAAGCCUCAGGUGUUGAGGUCUAUGAUGAGGGCCUGGUGGCUGUGACCCUGGAUGUCAGACCAUUCCUUCGCUCAUUUGACAGUCCACUUUAUCGUGACCUAGAGGACAUGUGCAGCUGGAGCACCGAAAAUACAUCCUCGUGCCAGGUGCGGUGUCACACACCUUUAAUCCCAGCACGAGCAGAUCUCUGUGAGUUCAAGGCCAGCGUGCUCUACAUAGUGAAUUCCAGAACAGCCAAAACUAUAUAGUGAGACUAUAUAUACUUAGUCUCAAAAAAAAAAAAAAAAAAAAGAAGAAGAAAGAAAAGAAAGAAGAGACAUCAGCCAGGUAUCCUGGAAGUACUUGGCCAACACCAGGGCCAUAUGCCACCUCUCACUGGCAUAAGCAUCACUCUGUUUGCAAGCUGCCAAUUCUGCUCUGCCGACACACCACUGGGGAAGAAGCUCACCACCUGAGGGACACCUGCUUUGUCCUGGGGUAGCGCUGCUGAUUAGAAAGGCCUUCCUCACCAAAGUGCUACAACGUAGAAGAGUACAGGGGACGAGUAUGGCAGUGAUUUAAGGUAGUCUGCAUCGAGGAGUGGAGAGGGAUAACUGACUUGAAGUAUAUUUUGAAAAAAAGAAAUCACAUGAGAAUGCUUGCCCCAGACGCCAUAGGUUGCUGAAUAAAAAUCCCAGUGCCAGAUAUGA